GGCCAUCAUGGUGUUCAAACGUUAUGUUGAGAUUGGCCGAGUUGCCUAUAUCUCCUUUGGGCCACAUGCUGGCAAGCUGGUGGCAAUUGUGGAUGUUAUUGACCAGAACAGGGCGCUAGUUGACGGCCCCUGCAGUGGUGUAAGAAGGCAGGCUAUGCCCUUCAAGUGCAUGCAGCUAACCGAUUUUGUACUCAAAUUCCCACACAGUGCUCGUCAGAAGCAUGUGCGAGUUGCCUGGGAGAAAGAAAAUAUUAAUGAAAAAUGGACAGGUACAAGGUGGGCAAAGAAGAUUGAAGCCAGAGAAAAGAAAGCCAAGAUGACAGACUUUGAUCGCUACAAGGUCAUGAAGGCAAAGAAAAUGAGGAACAGGAUCAUCAAGCAUGAAGUAAAGAAGCUCCAGAAGCAAUCUUCAAAAAAAGCAUAAACUGUCAGUAAUCAAAUAAAGUUCCAGUUUAAUAUAAAAAAAAAAAAAAAAAAAAA